AAUUGUUGAGUUGCCACACGUUUAAUUAACUCAAUGCCGAUUCACUUCUCACAUUUUUCCUCACUUUCUCUUUCACACAGUUAGGCACUCAAUUAUCUGUUUCCUGUUUCUCUCUCUACAAAACCUUCCAUAUUCCAUACGGUAUACAAGGCACAAGCUAUACGUAAUAGAGAAAUGGUGCAGAAACUGGAUUUCCCAGCUGUUCAUAAACAUUACUGGGAAUAGUUGAACAAAUCCUACUUACUUUCUCUUCAAAAACCUCAUUUUCCCUAGAAGAAUGCCACACCAAGAGGAAAACGGUAAGAAAAAUUAUGGGUUAGAGGAAAACGAAGAGAAUUUUGAGGGAGGAUCGGAAAAGUCCAGUGAGAUUUCAGCAAUUAAUGCUACAAUUAGUGAAGCAAAAUCAGUUAUCGUUAUGCCCAGAAACAAAUCUCAGUUCACGAGCCGUAGAAUUACACCUUCAGAUAAAGCAGAUGAUAUGUCAGAAAAGCUGCUUCUAAAUGGGGAUCUGUAUUCUGGAAAAUUUUCAAAUAAUACACCUCAUGGAUUGGGUAAAUACCUAUGGAAAGAUGGGUGUAUGUAUGAAGGGGAAUGGAGGAAGGGGAAGGCCUGUGGCAAAGGGAAGUUUUCAUGGCCAUCAGGCGCAACAUUUGAAGGCGAAUUCAAGUAUGGUCGAAUGGAGGGCAGUGGCACUUACAUAGGUUCUGAUGGGGAUAUGUAUAAGGGCUCCUGGGUCGGUGAUCGUAAGCACGGAUAUGGAGUGAAGCAUUAUGGAAAUGGGGAUUACUACGAGGGCGAAUGGAAAAAGAAUUUGCAAGAUGGGCAGGGGAGGUAUACAUGGAGGAAUGGGAAUGAGUAUGUUGGUGAAUGGAAGAAUGGGAUGAUUCAUGGAAGAGGUGUUUUAGUUUGGAACAAUGGGAAUAGAUAUGAUGGGAAUUGGGAGACUGGGAUUCCAAAGGGAGAUGGGGUUUUUACAUGGCCCGAUGGGAGUUGCUAUAUCGGCUGCUGGCCGAAAGACUCAUGUAGAAACAUCGAUAGUGAUCAAAUCUUGAAUGGUACUUUUUAUCCUGCAAAUAAUUGUAAUAAUGUUAAUGGAAAUGAUGAGAAUGAGGAGGGAUUUAAGAGGUAUUUUGAUGAUAAGUUAUUGGUAGCAAAGGAGGAGAGAAUGGAUGUAAUGAUAGGUGGUGGUAGGAAGAAGAGGUGGUCAGUGGACGAGGGGUUGAUGGAGAGGACUUUCCCAAGAAUAUGCAUUUGGGAGUCAGAGGGUGUGGCUGGGGAUAUAACGUGUGAUAUUAUCGAUAAUGUGGAGGCAUCGUUGUUAUAUAGAAAUCACGAUGGAGUGAGGCAAUUACGGAGGAAUUCUUGUAGUUUUAGUGGGGAAGUGAAGAAGGCAGGACAGACUAUAUCUAAAGAGCAUAAGAAUUAUGCUUUGAUGCUUAUAUCAACUUCCUAUAUAUGUUUUUAUAUAAAAACAAAUGGAAAGGCACUCAAUUAUCUGUUUCCUGUUUCUCUCUCUACAAAACCUUCCAUAUUCCAUACGGUAUACAAGGCACAAGCUAUACGUAAUAGAGAAAUGGUGCAGAAACUGGAUUUCCCAGCUGUUCAUAAACAUUACUGGGAAUAG